CUUUCUUUUCAACAUAAAUCCUGCGCUGGUCAACGAGAGACCAUCUGAAACUAAAAGGCGAUAGCCUGCCAACUUUCCGUUGGCUAAAUUGUUCAGGAGGGUGGUUGAAAGAGUUGUCUUCACAUCCAGCUGGAUUUUCAGAACCUUAAUGCAACCUAAACCACAGCAAUAAGUUGUUCGCUUCAUCGAAACAUCAGCAGAAAUCAUGACGGCGGAGCAUCAUGGUCUUCUGGACCUGGCAAAAAAUCAGCUGAAUAUGGACUACGGUGACUUUGACAUGAGAUUUGAUGUGAAGAAGGAGGCUGCAGCUUUGGGACCAGACCGCUCUUUUAUCCAGCAGUGCGGUCUACACGUACCAGGCUCCGUGUCCAGCACACCCAUGAGCACCCCGUGCAGCUCCGUGCCUUCAUCACCGAGCUUCAGCCCGAGUGGACAGAGAAGCAGUGCUGAAGAUCUCUACUGGACCCUGAGCACGGGGACUUAUCCACAGCACGCAGAUCCACACUGUCUUGAACUAACACAUGAGGAUGUCCGGGAAGCCUUAAGUGCGAAUCUCAUGCAUGGACACCCGCCUCAGCUCCACCAGGCAGAGAUGGAGGGAUACAGGGGCAUGGGUCAGUUCAACGCACCGAGCAUGCACCAGUAUCAUCAUCAUCAGCAACAGCAGCAACAGCAGCAGUACACCGAGCUCGGCCACAAUACCGACUUUGCGCACGGAAAAAGCAUGGAUCAGUUAAUGCAGCACCUCGACUGCCCAUCUCAAGGCGCGACGCACCUAAAGUCCCACCAGCAGACGCACCACAGGCGUAGCGAGCGCGCGGAGAGCCGCUUCUCCGACCAGCAGUUGGUGUCCAUGUCUGUGCGCGAGCUCAACCGACACCUCCGUGGCAUGAGCAAGGACGAAAUUAUCCGCCUGAAGCAGAAACGCCGUACAUUGAAAAACCGCGGGUACGCCCAGUCGUGUCGGCACAAACGCGUUCAGCAGAAACACAUGCUGGAGCACGAGAAGACGAGCCUCGCGACGCAAGUGGAGCAGCUGAAGCACGAGCUCAGUCGGCUGGUGCGCGAGAGGGACGCGUAUAAACUCAAAUGCGAGAGGCUAGUUGUCGGAAUGAACCGACACAGUAAUGGACCCUCUUGUGAAAAUCCAUCAUCACCUGAAUUUUUGCGAUAGCUCAAAAUGUAUUUUAGGAUUUCUUAUGUUUCUGCUAAAUAAUAAUAAUAAUAAUAAUAAAAAAAUCUUAAACCUGCAUAAGAUUGUUUGCUGGUCUAACCAACUGAAACAUACACUGUGAAAAAAAAAGAAUUGCUGGUUUAGCUUAAAAAUAAAAAAGUUACCUGGUUGACUUAAAAUUUUGAGUUUAUUGAAGUUAAAAUUGAAGGCGAUUGGUUUAAUAAACAGAAACUCAAAAUAUUAUGUUAUCUGAACUAUAUUAAUUAUAUAAGUUGAUUUGACAAAAGAAAAAAUGGAGUAAAAUAUAUAUAUAUAUAUAUAUAUAUAUAUAUAUAUAUAAUUUUUUUUUUUUUUUUUUUUUUUUUUUUUUUUUACAGUGUACCCAAAACUUCUCUAAAACCAGCUGCAAGACCAGCAAACCAUCUUGUGUGUGUGUGUGUGUUUUGUGUGUGUGUGUGUGUCAGCGGAGGAGAAAGUUUUAAUUCUCUUAUUCAGUAGGCUAUUUUAUAUUUUCACUCGACUUUAUCUCUGACAUGUCAAGCUGGUUUUGAUAAUGUAUCUUUUAUCUUCGAGUUUUCACAACAAACUCCAUCAGCCACCUCAGCUAUGCAAAUGACAUUUGACCCUUUUGGCAAUAGAUGCAUUGCACUGGUAUUUUUGUUUGUUUGAACAUUUUGUAUAUCUUUUUAUUUGUUUCAUUAAUCAGUUGUACCAUUUUAACGAAUUGAGUAAACAAUUGUGAUUUGCAUUUCAUUGUUACCAGAAUAAAUUUUCUGAAGCAAAAAAGUA